AUGAAAGAAUAUAAAAUUGUUGUUUUGGGAAAUGGAGGAGUUGGAAAAAGUGCGCUGGUAAGAGAUUUUUCAUAAUUAAUUAAUUUUUUCUCCAAAUUUUAAUAGACGCUUCAAUUUGUUCAAGGAGUUUUCACUCCACAUUAUGAUGCUACAAUUGAGGAUAGUUAUCGAAAGUUGUCGAAAAUUGAGGCUGAAAAUGCGCGGCUCGAAAUUUUGGAUACGGCCGGAACCGAGCAAUUUAGUGGAAUGAGAGAGACUUAUUAUAAAUCGGCGCAUGGUUUCAUUUUGGUUUUCUCGUUGGAGGAUAAAUCGACGUUUGAGGAUUUGAAAUUGACUUAUGAGAAUAUUGCGAGGAUACGCGGGAAGGAUGUGGGUUUUUGCGAAUUUUUUGAAAUAUUAUUUUUUGGUAGCUUCCAAAAUAUAUUUUCCUUAAAAUUUUAGAAAAACCUUAAAAAUUUGAAAAGUUUUUGAUAAAGACUUAAUUUUUACAAAGUUUUCAAAUUUUCUGAACGUUGUGUGGCCUAGAAAUCCAAACUAGUCCCUGUUUUCAAAAAAAAAACUUCUGAUUUCAUGACCUAGAAAACCAAAUGCUCAAAUAUCGGUUUUUUGGAGAAAAAGAGAAAUUAUAGAAAUUUUCGAUUUGUUUUCAGAAAAUUCUUCAAAUCCUCAAAAAUUGAUUUUUACCUAAUGAAAAAUUAUAUUUUUUUCUGAAAUUUUUGGAUUAAAAUUUCAUGAUUUUUCAAUUUUUCAAGAAUUUUGCAUGAAUUUUUAAAAAUUUUCUUUUUUUUUUAAAUUUUCACGUCAUUCAGAAAAAUUAGUUUUUGUUUGGAAGUUUUUCACGCUAUUUUAAAAAAGAAGAAGAGCAUCCAAAUCGAGAGAGAUGACAGAGACGCGAAAACUCCCUUUAAGUACAGUAGUUAUAUAGUUUUCUUGUUUGUUCGUUUCGAGAAACGCGUGAAAAAGACACACGCGAAGCAGUAGAUACAGUAGUUUUUUACCAAAAUAUUUUUGUUCGUGUCGAGAAACGAGCGUCUUUUUCUCUGCGCCACUCUCUCGAUUUGGACAGCCAAAAAUAGCGUGUUUUUCAGGCUCCCUGAAAAUUUUGAGAAAUUUAGUUUUUUUCUGAAAAAUUUGAGAACUUCUGAAAUUUUCGGAUAAAAAUAUCUAUUUUUCAUGAAUUUUUAAGAAAAAAAUCAAUUUUUCGGAUAAAAAUAUCUAAUUUUUCGCGAAUUUCAAGAAAAAAUCUCAAAUUUCCCCUCGCACAGGUUCCUCUGAUCCUCGUCGGCAACAAAUCCGAUCUAAUCGGCACACGUCAAAUCGAUCAACAAUUCGUCGAAGAUCACGCUCGUACUCUAAACAUCCCAUAUUUUGAAACAAGUGCGAAAUUGAAUCAAAAUGUGGCGCAAAUUUUUGAAGAAUGCGCAAUUUUGAUAUUGAAAAGAGGCGGGGUCAAGGAAAAUAUUAAUUCUGAUUCAACUUCCACAAUUUUUAAGUCAUGCUGUUGUUUUUUGUAA